AUGACAGUAACCCUUCUGCUGUCAGAUUGCUGUAACUGUUCGUAUCUUCAGGCCAGGCCACAGGUUGAUGGUUUCGAACCAAACUCAUCAUUGUCCUGGGAGGAUUUUGGUGCCAUUUACGAUGCUCUGAACUUUAGCUAUAAUUACACCGAAUUUUUCGUUGACCCCGCCACCCAGCCCUGUAGCUUUCACACCAUCUCAGAUACUGUGAUGAUCGUUGUCAGUGUCUUUUAUGUCCUCAUCUUUCUGAUGGCACUUCCCGGUAACGUGGUGGUGGGGCUGGUGAUCAGCUUAAGCAAGCAACCUUUGACCUCUUCUGACCUCUACCUCCUCAACCUGGCGAUCGCUGACCUCUUGCUCGCCAUCACCCUCCCGUUCUGGGCCACCUCGGUUACUCAGGGCUGGGUGUUUGGAGAAGCCAUGUGCAAAAUAGUCACAAUCCUCCAAGAGGUGAGCUUCUACUCAACCAUUCUCUUCUUGACUUGCAUCAGUGUGGACCGGUACACUGUGAUUGUGCGCGCCAUGGAGGUCCGUAGGACUAAUCGACAGCUGGUCAGCUGGGGAGUUUGUGCUGCCGUCUGGAUUGUCGGAGCGCUUCUGUCCCUCCCGGGCUUGUUCAGCUCCACUUUCACCUCUUACAAAUCCAGUCACGUACUGUGCGCUGAAAAAUACGAUCCCAGCACUGCUGAUGAGUGGCGAAUGGCCACCAGAAUUCUCCGACACGCUUUGGGUUUUUUCAUCCCCCUGACCAUCAUGCUGCCCUGCUACGGAAUCACCAUCCAUCGCCUCCUUCACGUCCGUGGGGGGUUUCAACGCCAGCGAGCCAUGAAAGUUAUCAUAUUCGUGGUCCUCGCUUUCCUGCUUUGUUGGACGCCGUACCACCUAGUAGUGAUAGUGGACACAUUUUUCAGGGCAAAGAUAGUAGAGUAUCAGUGCCCAGCGAGGACAGCAGUGGACCAGGCCAUGUUUGUCACCCAGAGUCUGGCCCUGCUUCACAGCUGUUUAAACCCAGUGCUGUACGCUUUCCUGGGAGAGAAAUUCAGAAGGAGGCUGCGGCAGUUAAUGACAAAGAUAGGAAUCAUUGAAAGAUCGUCAACGUCAAGAAGCAGCAGAUCUUCGCUGUCAUCGGAGCUCACGCCUACAAUCAUGUGAGAACAUCAGAGACACUUGAAACUACUCAGAUCAGCUGAUCAGGGAGAUUCAAUGCAGGGAUUAAAGUGUAGAAAACUGCUAGUUUUGAUAAUCCUCAUAUUUGUACUGCAGCUAAUAUUUGUCAAAGAAAGACUUCAAAAUAUUUUUAAAUAAUUUGUGUAAUAAUAUUAUUAGUGUACAUACUUUUUAAGACUUUAGAUUCUAUUUUAUUAUUAUUUAACUUUGAUUUGUUGCACACACUUUUUUGUUUUUCUUUGAGGUUUGUUAAAUUCGCCCGGUCAUCUUCAAUGACGAUUCUGAAGAAAGAGAAAAUAAAAGAUGCCGCGUUUCAACACGACAUCGCAGCAUUACAACAUUAACACUGAGCCCUUGCCAGUGAACUCUGAGUUGCAACAAUUCGGCGGUAGAUUGUGAAACAUCAGUUCAUCAAUUGCAUAACAUGGAGUUAUUUUUAUAGAAAUGCAUUCACAUUUUUGUAUCUGUGUAUGGUUGCCAUCAACGUCUGUA